AUCACAUCAAAGCAAACAAGAAGAAAAACACACUCACAGAGGUUUAGCUAUCACUCAGAAGUUCAGAACUUAUAGAUCCAUCACUCGGAAGCAAACAAUGGCAUCCCACAAACAGAGCUACAGAGCUGGUGAAACCAAGGGCCAGACUGAGGAAAAGGCGAACCAGAUGAUGGAGUCACUAGGGGAGAAGGCUCAAGCAGCAAAGGACAAGACCUACCAGGCAGCUCAAACAGCCAAAGAGAAAACAAGAGGUGCAACCCAAGCAACUACCCACAAGGCCCAAGAGAAGACAGGAGUUACAAAAGACAAGGCAUGGGAGAGCAAGGAGACAACAAAGGAUAGGGCCUCCCAGGCGGCGCAAAGAGCUGGAGAGAAGGCAGGAGUUGCAAAAGACAAGGCAUGGGAGAGCAAGGAGACAACUAAGGAUAGAGCGUCGGAGGCUGCCCAGAGAGCCGGAGAUUCGGCCGAGUCUGGCAAGGAGAGAAGUGAGGGUUUCCUCCAACAGACUGGAGAACAGAUGAAGAACAUGGCCCAGGGUGCUGUUGAUACUGUGAAAGGCACCCUCGGCCUGGCCAAGGAUGAUGAGGAAGAUGAACCUGUUUAUCAUAAGAGGGACAGGAACUAGUUUGAAGUACUUGUAAUGGUCUUUGUUUUUUGUGUUUGCUUUUCAGCUGUUGUCUUUUGUUGUUGUUAUUGCCGGGCAUGUUUUACAAGCCCUGUGCUUCCAUCUCUAUGAGAAUGGAGUGUUGCAUUUGGUUUCGUAGAGGUGGAAUUGUAAUUGUCAGUCAUAUAUGAAAUGCAAUCCACCCUUUUGUUUAU